UUCCCCUUGGGGGGGGGGGGGAAGGGGGGGAAGUAUGAGCAUCACUCACGCCACAGAUUUCCCGAGGAAAACACCCUUGUCAUGCAAGAAACUCUGUGUUGCAGAGGUUGUGAAUUAAGGUCGAGAGUGAGAUGGUUUGGUCUGGCCUCUUUUCAGAGCAGCGAUUGAUUACUGCUGUCUGUGUUGCCAUUCCUUCCAGAGCUGACCUGUCCCGGACGCAGCAUAACUAACGAAGCUGCUGCAGGAUGAGAAGAUGGCAGCGCGGCUGCUCGCACCACCAGGCCCUGAUAGUUUCAAGCCUUUCACCCCUGAGUCACUGGCAAACAUCGAGAGGCGCAUCGCCGAGAGCAAGCUCAAGAAGCCGCCGAAGGCCGAAGGCAGUCAUCGGGAAGACGAUGAGGACAGCAAGCCCAAGCCGAACAGUGACCUGGAGGCGGGGAAGAGUUUGCCUUUCAUCUAUGGGGACAUCCCGCAAGGCCUGGUCGCGGUUCCCCUGGAGGACUUUGACCCAUACUAUUUGACGCAGAAAACCUUUGUAGUAUUAAACAGAGGGAAAACUCUCUUCAGAUUUAGUGCCACGCCUGCCUUGUACAUUUUAAGUCCUUUUAACCUGAUAAGAAGAAUAGCUAUUAAAAUUUUGAUACAUUCAGUAUUUAGCAUGAUCAUUAUGUGCACUAUUUUGACCAACUGUGUAUUCAUGACUUUUAGUAACCCUCCUGAAUGGUCGAAGAAUGUGGAGUACACAUUCACAGGGAUUUAUACAUUUGAAUCACUAGUGAAAAUCAUUGCGAGAGGUUUCUGCAUAGAUGGCUUUACCUUUUUACGGGAUCCAUGGAACUGGUUAGAUUUCAGUGUCAUCAUGAUGGCAUAUGUGACAGAGUUUGUGGACCUGGGCAAUGUCUCAGCGCUGAGAACAUUCAGGGUUCUGCGAGCUUUGAAAACUAUCUCUGUAAUUCCAGGCCUGAAGACCAUUGUGGGUGCCCUCAUCCAGUCAGUGAAGAAGCUGUCAGACGUGAUGAUUCUGACAGUGUUUUGCCUGAGCGUUUUCGCCUUGAUUGGACUGCAGCUUUUCAUGGGAAAUCUGCGAAACAAGUGUGUUGUGUGGCCCAUAAACUUCAAUGAGAGCUAUCUGGAAAAUGGCACCAAAGGCUUUGAUUGGGAAGAGUAUAUCAAUAAUAAAACAAAUUUUUACACGGUUCCUGGCAUGCUGGAACCUUUACUCUGUGGGAACAGUUCUGAUGCUGGGCAAUGCCCAGAGGGGUACCAGUGUAUGAAAGCAGGAAGGAACCCCAACUAUGGCUACACAAGCUUUGAUACAUUCAGCUGGGCCUUCUUGGCAUUAUUUCGCCUUAUGACCCAGGACUACUGGGAAAACUUGUAUCAGUUGACCCUGCGAGCUGCUGGAAAAACAUACAUGAUCUUCUUCGUCUUGGUCAUCUUUGUGGGUUCUUUCUAUCUGGUGAACUUGAUCUUGGCUGUGGUGGCCAUGGCUUAUGAAGAACAGAAUCAGGCAACCCUGGAGGAGGCCGAGCAGAAAGAGGCCGAAUUCAAAGCAAUGUUGGAGCAACUUAAGAAGCAACAGGAAGAGGCACAGGCGGCAGCGAUGGCCACCUCCGCAGGCACGGUCUCAGAAGACGCCAUAGAGGAAGAAGGUGAAGAAGGGGCAGGCUCUCCACGGAGCUCCUCUGAAAUAUCCAAACUCAGUUCCAAGAGUGCCAAAGAAAGGCGCAACAGGAGAAAGAAGAGGAAGCAGAAGGAACUCUCCGAAGGAGAGGAAAAAGGGGAUCCUGAAAAGGUGUUUAAGUCAGAGUCGGAAGACGGGAUGCGGAGGAAGGGCUUUCGGCUGCCAGACAACAGAAUAGGCAGAAAGUUUUCCAUCAUGAAUCAGUCGCUGCUCAGCAUCCCGGGCUCGCCGUUCCUCUCCCGCCACAACAGCAAAAGCAGCAUCUUCAGCUUCCGAGGGCCCGGGCGGUUCCGCGACCCGGGCUCGGAGAACGAGUUCGCGGACGACGAGCACAGCACGGUGGAGGAGAGCGAGGGCCGCCGCGACUCGCUCUUCAUCCCGAUCCGGGCCCGCGAGCGCCGCAGCAGCUACAGCGGCUACAGCGGCUACAGCCAGGGCAGCCGCUCGUCGCGCAUCUUCCCCAGCCUGCGGCGCAGCGUCAAGCGCAACAGCACGGUCGACUGCAACGGCGUGGUGUCCCUCAUCGGCGGCCCCGGCUCCCACAUCGGCGGGCGGCUCCUGCCAGAGGUGAAAAUAGAUAAGGCAGCUACCGAUGACAGUGCUACAACUGAGGUGGAAAUUAAGAAGAAAGGCCCUGGAUCUCUCUUAGUUUCCAUGGACCAGCUGGCCUCCUAUGGACGGAAGGACAGAAUCAACAGCAUAUUGAGUGUUGUUACAAAUACACUAGUAGAAGAGCUGGAAGAGUCGCAGAGAAAGUGCCCGCCAUGCUGGUAUAAAUUCGCCAAUACUUUCCUCAUCUGGGAGUGCCACCCCUACUGGAUAAAACUGAAAGAGAUUGUGAACUUGAUCGUUAUGGACCCUUUUGUGGACCUGGCCAUCACCAUCUGCAUUGUCCUGAAUACCCUGUUUAUGGCAAUGGAGCACCAUCCUAUGACACCACAAUUUGAACACGUCUUGGCUGUGGGAAAUCUGGUUUUCACUGGAAUUUUCACAGCAGAAAUGUUCCUGAAGCUCAUAGCCAUGGAUCCCUACUAUUAUUUCCAAGAAGGUUGGAACAUUUUUGACGGAUUUAUCGUGUCCCUCAGUUUAAUGGAACUGAGUCUGGCAGAUGUGGAGGGGCUCUCGGUGCUGCGAUCUUUCCGAUUGCUCCGAGUCUUCAAAUUGGCCAAAUCCUGGCCCACCCUGAACAUGCUGAUUAAGAUUAUUGGAAAUUCAGUGGGUGCCCUGGGCAACUUGACCCUGGUGCUGGCCAUCAUCGUCUUCAUCUUUGCCGUGGUGGGGAUGCAGCUCUUCGGAAAGAGCUACAAAGAGUGUGUCUGCAAGAUCAACCAGGACUGCGAACUCCCUCGCUGGCACAUGAAUGACUUUUUCCAUUCCUUCCUCAUUGUCUUUCGAGUGUUGUGCGGGGAGUGGAUCGAGACCAUGUGGGACUGCAUGGAAGUGGCGGGCCAGGCCAUGUGCCUCAUUGUCUUCAUGAUGGUCAUGGUUAUUGGCAACUUGGUGGUGCUGAACCUGUUUCUGGCCUUGCUCCUGAGCUCCUUCAGCGCAGACAAUCUGGCAGCCACAGACGAUGAUGGGGAAAUGAACAACCUACAGAUCUCAGUGAUCCGGAUCAAGAAGGGGGUGGCUUGGGCCAAACUCAAAGUGCACGCCUUCAUGCAGGCCCACUUCAAGCAGCGUGAGGCCGAUGAAGUGAAGCCCCUGGAUGAGCUGUAUGAAAAGAAGGCCAACUGCAUCGCCAACCACACCGGCGCAGACAUCCACCGGAAUGGUGACUUCCAGAAGAAUGGCAAUGGCACAACCAGUGGCAUUGGCAGCAGCGUGGAGAAGUAUAUCAUUGAUGAGGACCACAUGUCCUUCAUCAACAAUCCCAACUUGACCGUGCGGGUACCCAUUGCCGUAGGCGAGUCUGAUUUUGAGAACCUCAACACGGAGGAUGUGAGCAGCGAGUCGGAUCCUGAAGGCAGCAAAGAUAAACUGGAUGAUACCAGCUCCUCUGAAGGAAGCACCAUCGAUAUCAAACCUGAAGUAGAAGAAGUCCCAGUGGAACAGCCCGAGGAAUACUUGGAUCCAGAUGCCUGCUUCACAGAAGGUUGCGUCCAGCGGUUUAAAUGCUGCCAGGUCAACAUCGAAGAGGGGCUGGGCAAGUCUUGGUGGGUCCUGCGGAAAACCUGCUUCCUCAUCGUGGAGCACAACUGGUUUGAGACCUUCAUCAUCUUCAUGAUUCUGCUCAGCAGUGGCGCCCUGGCCUUCGAGGACAUCUACAUUGAGCAGAGAAAGACCAUCCGUACCAUCCUGGAGUACGCCGACAAAGUCUUCACCUACAUCUUCAUCCUGGAGAUGUUGCUCAAGUGGACGGCCUAUGGCUUCGUCAAGUUCUUCACCAAUGCCUGGUGCUGGCUGGACUUCCUCAUCGUGGCUGUCUCUUUAGUCAGCCUUAUAGCUAAUGCCCUGGGCUACUCGGAACUAGGUGCCAUAAAGUCCCUUAGGACCCUAAGAGCUUUGAGACCCUUAAGAGCCUUAUCACGAUUUGAAGGGAUGAGGGUGGUGGUGAAUGCUUUGGUGGGCGCCAUCCCCUCCAUCAUGAAUGUGCUGCUGGUGUGUCUCAUCUUCUGGCUGAUUUUCAGCAUCAUGGGAGUUAACCUGUUUGCGGGAAAGUAUCACUACUGCUUUAAUGAGACUUCUGAAAUCCGAUUUGAAAUUGAAGACGUCAACAAUAAAACGGAGUGUGAAAAGCUCAUGGAGGGGAACAACACAGAAAUCAGGUGGAAGAACGUGAAGAUCAACUUUGACAACGUUGGGGCAGGCUAUCUGGCACUUCUUCAAGUGGCGACCUUCAAAGGCUGGAUGGACAUCAUGUAUGCAGCCGUAGAUUCCCGAAAGCCUGACGAGCAGCCUAAGUAUGAGGACAACAUCUACAUGUACAUCUACUUUGUCAUCUUCAUCAUCUUCGGCUCCUUCUUCACCCUGAACCUGUUCAUUGGUGUCAUCAUCGAUAACUUCAAUCAACAAAAGAAAAAGUUUGGAGGCCAGGACAUCUUCAUGACCGAAGAACAGAAGAAGUACUACAAUGCCAUGAAAAAGCUGGGCUCCAAGAAACCACAGAAACCCAUUCCCCGCCCCCUGAACAAAAUCCAAGGUAUCAUCUUUGAUUUUGUCACUCAACAAGCCUUUGAUAUUGUUAUCAUGAUGCUCAUCUGCCUUAACAUGGUGACGAUGAUGGUGGAGACAGAUACGCAGAGCAAACAGAUGGAAAACAUCCUCUACUGGAUUAACCUGGUCUUCGUCAUCUUUUUCACCUGUGAGUGUGUGCUCAAAAUGUUUGCCUUGAGGCACUACUACUUCACCAUUGGCUGGAACAUCUUUGACUUCGUGGUAGUCAUUCUCUCCAUUGUGGGAAUGUUCCUGGCUGAUAUCAUUGAGAAAUACUUUGUUUCCCCAACCCUAUUCCGAGUCAUCCGGUUGGCCCGUAUUGGGCGCAUCUUGCGUCUGAUCAAAGGUGCCAAAGGGAUUCGCACCCUGCUCUUUGCCUUAAUGAUGUCCUUGCCUGCUCUGUUCAACAUCGGCCUUCUGCUCUUCCUGGUCAUGUUCAUCUUCUCCAUCUUCGGGAUGUCCAACUUCGCAUACGUGAAGCACGAGGCUGGCAUCGAUGACAUGUUCAACUUUGAGACCUUCGGCAACAGCAUGAUCUGCCUCUUUCAGAUCACGACGUCAGCUGGUUGGGAUGGCCUCCUGCUGCCCAUCCUGAACCGCCCCCCUGACUGCAGCCUGGACAAGGAGCACCCAGGAAGUGGCUUCAAGGGAGACUGCGGCAACCCCUCAGUGGGCAUCUUCUUCUUUGUAAGCUACAUCAUCAUCUCCUUCCUGAUUGUCGUGAACAUGUACAUCGCCAUCAUCUUGGAGAACUUCAGCGUAGCCACCGAGGAGAGCGCGGACCCUCUGAGCGAGGACGACUUUGAGACCUUCUACGAGAUCUGGGAGAAGUUCGACCCCGACGCCACCCAGUUCAUCGAGUACUGUAAGCUCGCAGACUUUGCGGAUGCCUUGGAACACCCUCUCCGAGUGCCCAAGCCGAACACCAUUGAGCUCAUUGCCAUGGAUCUGCCGAUGGUCAGCGGGGACCGCAUCCACUGCUUGGACAUCCUUUUUGCCUUCACCAAGCGGGUCCUGGGGGACAGCGGGGAGCUGGACAUCCUCCGGCAGCAGAUGGAGGAGCGGUUCGUGGCAUCCAAUCCUUCCAAAGUGUCUUACGAGCCGAUCACAACCACGCUGCGGCGCAAGCAGGAGGAGGUGUCAGCCGUGGUCCUCCAGCGCGCCUACCGGGGACAUUUAGCAAGACGGGGCUUCAUCUGCAAAAAGACCACUUCCAAUAAGCUGGAGAACGGAGGCACACACCGGGAGAAAAAAGAGAGCACCCCGUCCACAGCCUCCCUCCCGUCCUAUGACAGCGUAACGAAACCGGACAAGGAGAAACAGCAACGGGCAGAGGAAGGACGAAGGGAAAGAGCCAAAAGACAAAAAGAGGUCAGAGAAUCCAAGUGUUAGAGGCGAGGAAAAAUGAAAUCUUGUACAGAUGUAAAACUCGCAAGCAAAAGAUUGUUUACAAACUUCCUGAAUAUUAUCAAUGCAGAAGAGCUGUGGAGACACUUGAACCCGAAGAUCUAUACCAAACGUAGUCUGCUUACCUUGUAACACGGUUGCAUCUUGAGCAGUGACCUGCCGAGGGCAAAGGACCCUGCUCCCUGGACUCACAGAUUUUCUAACGCUUGGGCAGGUGAUAACUGCAUGUUCCACAUCCGUCAAUGCAACUUAGGACAAAACCAACAGGAUACAAAAACCAGAGGCGAGGCUGCCGGGACCAGCAUAUUCCGUUGCAGCCCAAUGGAUUUUAUUUAUUUAUUUUUUUUCAUUUCGGUGAUUCUCAGAAGCAGAAAGCAUCACUUUAAAAAGUUUGUUCAUGCAAACUAUAUUUGCAUUCUUACAUUAGUUAAGCUAAGCAGCAAAAAGACACACACACACACACACACACACACACACACACACACACACUCCCAUCUAGCCCGUGUCAUUUAAUUGUCUGUUUCUUUGACAUAAACCGCAUCUUCUCCACAUGGGCUUCACGUGGUUUGGAGAUGGGUGGGGGAGAAGAAUCAGGUUUCUUCAGGCUGAGGAGGACUUGCUCAGGCCGAUUCCAAACAUUGUGCUCGUUCAAUGCGUAGAAAUGAUUUGCAUGAUGGCAUGCUGUGAUCAGAAGUCAUGCAUGAGAACCAUACACCACAGGACACUACUAAUCCUGUCCCCUGCACUGGGUCAGCCUUUGGACAGGACCCAGCCCGGCACCGUUCACUGUAUUUGGAGGAAAAAAAAAAAUGGUAAGCGUUCCAUACCCGCUGCAAUUCCUUAACGAAUUCUUAGAAGUCUUUCAUACACCUUCCAGGGAGGGAAACAUAACCAACCAAUUGACCACUACCACUACCAACAAACACCAAACCCAAUCCGACAAGCAGAUGGAUCCGUUGUGUGUCUAUGUUUAACAGACAUCUCUAACAUACAGCCAUUGUUGCACAUUGUGAAAGAUGAACUAUUUAAUGCUGCUCUGUGUCCCGUCCGUGGGGAAACUUGGAUCUCGAAUGGCUUGUAUUAAUAAUGUCACUGUAAAACCAAAUCCUAGGGCUAAAAACAAAAAUCAAAAAAAAUAGUAAUAAUCAAAAAAGAAACAAACAAACCAGUUCAUUUGUAUCGCAAUAUUUACGAUGAUUGUUUAGCCUUCAUACUGGAGAGCUGACACUUAUUUGGGGCAGAGAUACAAGCACCAUUCACAGUGGCGUGUUAUCUCUAGGGGGUGAAUUGGGGAACUUCAGUUUUCGCUGGGGGUGUGGGGUGCCUGCUUCAGGUAGUGUCACAUCCUUCUGCACUGUGGCUUUCUCCGGGCUUGGCUCCGGCCAGAGAGGAGUUCGAAUAUCCCGAACGGGCCUCUCCCUCGGCAGAGGGUUGUCAAGCUCACACACUGCAUGAUUCCUUGUGCUUCCAUCUCAUCUGUCCGCCAAGCAGGGUUUCCCUUUUACCUGCGCAGGUGGGUGAGGGCAGCAGCGCUGGGGCUAUGGCUGUGGUUUCUUUGCGCAUUCUAGACAAUAAAUCGUCACUGGUGGGACCCGAGGUAGAGAGAUGGAGCCGCCUCUGAACCAAGCCCGCUUGGUUUCUUUAUCGCACCGAUUCUCAUGAGAAAGCGAUUCAAUAUUAAUUCCUAAG